GGAGGAGACAGUGUGGGUAUAAAAAGCUGAUCUCCUUCAGUCAACUUCAGAAACUCAACAUAAACUCUGAAGCUUCAUCACAUUUAAUCUUUUUUUUCCUGAUCAACAAACAAAAACAACAAAAUGCUGCGACGGUGUGUCAUGUUGCUGCUGUUUGCCAUGGUUACCAUGUGUCUUUCAGCUCCUGUCCCAGAGGAGACGUCCACAGCUGACGGAAGAGUCGCACCGCUGCUGGAGCACAUGAACAAAGACAGCAGUCAUCAUCAUCACAAUCAUCAUGGACAGGUUUCCACAACAGAGGACACGACCCAAGAUCCGACUGAGGAACCUGGAGCAGGUUCACAAGACCGUAGUAACGGAGACGAUUCCAUGACAGAGGACACAGAGGAGAACAACACAGCUGGAAGUGAUGUUGACUCAAAUGAUGCUGACUCUGACCUUGUCUCUGAAGAUAAUGGUAACAACAGCCAGAUCAAUGACAACAGCGAGGCCGAUGAUGACAGCCAGGCCGAUGACAUUAGCCAGGGUAAUGACAACAGCCAGGCAGAUGACGAUAGCCAGGGCAAUGACAACAGCCAGGGCAAUGACAACAGCCAGGCUAAUGACGAUAGCCAGACCGAUGACGACAGCCAGACUGAUGACAACAGCCAGGCUAAUGAUGAUAGCCAGACCGAUGAAGACAGCCAGACCGAUGACAUUACCCAGGCCAAUGACAACAGCCAGGGCAAUGACAACAGCCAGGCUAAUGACAACAGCCAGGCUAAUGACAAUAGCCAGGCUAAUGACGAUAGCCAGACCGAUGACGACAGCCAGACCGAUGACAACAGCCAGGCCAAUGAAAAUAGCCAGGCUAAUGACAAUAGCCAGACCAAUGACCACAGCCAGACCGAUGACCACAGCCAGACAGAUGACAACAGCCAGACUGAUGACGACAGCCAGGGCAAUGACAACAGCCAAGCCAAUGACAACAGCCAGGUAGAUGACAACAGCCAGGCCAAUGAAGAUAGCAUGGCCGAUGACAUUAGCCAGACCAGUGACAACAGCCAGGUAGAUGAUGAGAGCCAGGAGGAGGGGGCAGAGAAAGAGAGUGAGGAGGCUAUUAAUGAGGACAAUGGGGAUUCCAAAGAGGAGGCAGAAGUAAAAGAGGAGGGGGGGGGCGUGACCUCAGAGGAGGGCAACACCGAAGAGACAAAUGACAGCACAGGCACUGAUGAAGUCAUGACUGAACCGUCUAGCGAUGACAGCCAGGCUGACGCUGACGCUGACGACACUGAAACUGAAAAUCCAGACAGCAGUGACUCUGACGGCGGUAACAAUGACGAGGAGGUUGAGGACAACUCUGCAAAGUUAGAUACUGAUGACUCUGAGCCAAGUCAGGAAACUGAGGUCUCUGAGGAUGAUGGGCAGGAUGACUCUGAGAUGUCGGAACCUGAUGAGUCCGAGCAGCAAGAUCCAGAAACUCCCAUCUCUGAGAAUGAUGGGUUGGAUGACUCUGUAAUGAUGGAUCACGAUGAGUCUGAGAAGCAAAGUCCAGAAACUCUCAUCUCUGAGGAUGAUGGGCAGGACGACUCUGCAACGUCAGAUCCUGAUGAGUCCCAGCAGCAAAGUCCAGGAACUCCCACCUCCACUGAAGCACCAUCUGCUGACCAACCAGACCAAUCGGACCAACCAGAUGAUUCCACCUCUUCCACGACAAACGCAGCGAAUUAGACACUCCGCUGAUGAACUGUGGACACUCACCACCUCCAGAGCCAUGCCCACAGUGGACAACAGUUGCUAUGACAAUGACAGCAACAACAACAACAAAACGACUCCACCUUUAUCUGCAACUAAACUUGGACCUUCAGCUUCCUGUUGCUCUGACCCCUUCCCCUCUGAUCCCCCCCCCCCC